AACACAUUAUUGUAAAAAAUAUUGUGUCUAAAUCAUUUCUCUUUUAUUAUAGUAAGAAUUUUCUUGCAACCUGAGAUUGCUUUGCUGUCUGCAAAAACCUUCCUUCAUUUCCCUUGAUUUCUUUCAUUCCGAAGAAGAAAAGCAUGGUUAAUCAGGUGGGUUUGGCAUUUCUCUCUGCUUCACUCGGCAUGUUGUUUCAAAGAAUGACAUCUCCUGAGGUGCUUCUCUUCAUAAAGGGAAGAAAACCAACCAAAGUGCUCUUAUGGAAAUUGAAGAAUGCAAUGCUGUCUGUGAAGGCUGUGCUUGAAGACGCGGAGGAAAAGCAACUUAUGGAUUCGGUUGUGAAAGUCUGGGUUGAUGAGUUGAAGGAUGUUAUCUACGACGCGGAGGACAUCUUGGAUGAGAUUGCUACUGAAGACCUGCAAAGAAAGCUGCAGGACGCUGAAUCUCCUACCUUGGUACGAAAUUUACGAAACUCCUUCUCUGCUUUGCUUGAGCCUUUUUUCAAAAAGGUAGAUAAAAAAGUUGAAGAGCUACUUGAUAGACUUGAAGAUCUAACAAAGCAAAAGGAUUGUAUGGGUCUACGUGAAGGAGUAGGAGUUGGAGGAAAACAAUAUCCAGAAAGGCUGUCCACUUCUUACGUCUCACAGUCCGACACUUUCGGUAGGAAUGAGGACAAGGAAAAAGUAAUUGACUUAUUGCUCUUGUCUGAUGCGAGUGGCAAUGAAAGGUGUGUGAUUGCCAUCGUUGGCAUGGGGGGAAUCGGCAAGACUACCCUUGCUCAACUGGCAUACAACGACAGUCGGGUGGAGAAAGCUGAGUUCAACCUUAAAAUAUGGUUUUGUGUUUCAGAAGAAUUUGUUGUGCCCAAUGUAAUGAAAUCAAUUAUAGAUCAGUCUGCAACUUCGUCAGCUCCUUCUACUGAGGAUCCAGAGCAGCUUCAAGUUACACUACAGAAGAAUUUGACAGGGAAGAAAUUUCUCCUUGUUUUGGAUGAUGUUUGGAGUGAGAAACCCUGUCAUCAGGAAUUCUUAAGCCAACUCUUGCACUAUGGGACUCGAGAAAGUAAGAUCCUUAUCACCACAAGGAAUGAAAGCGUUGCAUUGGCCAUGAAGGCAACGGCAACUCAUCAUCUAAAGUUUUUACCAAAUGAUGAUUGCUGGUCCCUUUUUGAAAAACAUGCAUUUCGUGAUGGUAGCUCCAAUGCAGAUCCAGAGAUUAAAGAUACAGGUAGACAAAUUGUGAAAAAGUGCAAAGGUCUACCUUUAGCAAUCAAAGCCAUUGGCGAUCUCUUGUGGUUUGAAUCAAAUGUCGAGAGAUGGACGAAUAUAUUGAAGAGCAAUUUAUGGGAUCUUCACAUGAAGGGGACAGACAUUCUUCCGGCUUUGAGGUUAAGUUAUAAGUAUCUCCCCUCAUAUUUGAAAAAAUGCUUUGCUUAUUGUUCGAUAUUUCCAAAAGAUUAUAAUUUUAAAAAAGAUCAAUUAGUUUUAUUAUGGAUGGCGGAAGGUUUCUUGCAACAAUCUGAAAUAGAAACUAUGGAAGAAGUUGGUAAUCGUUACUUCGAUGCUCUUGUAUCAAGAUCAUUAUUUCAACAAUCACUUGAAACUCAUGAGUCAGGUUUUGUAAUGCAUGAUCUUGUCCACGACUUGGCAAAUUUUGUGACUGGGCAAUUUGGUUUUACGCGGUUGGAGGGUGAUAAUUCAAAAGAAAUUGGGAAGAUGACUCGCUAUUUAUCGUAUUUCCAUAGAAGUUCGGAUAACUUUGAUAAGAAUAUUGAAGAGGAUCUUGACAAGGCCAAGCAGUUGCGCACUUGCCUAGCAUUAGAUUAUGAAGGAGGGAGUGAAAUCAAAAUGCCAAGGGCACGGUGCUUAUCCGGGUUCAAGUUGUCUAAUUCAAUUAGCAAAAUGAAACAUCUACGUUAUUUGGAUUUUUCUAAUUGCAAGGAUAUUAAGAGAUUGCCCGACUCCAUAUGUAUGUUGUGCAAUUUGCAAACGUUGAAGUUAUUGAAAUGUUGGAAGUUAGAAAGAUUGCCAAGAGAUAUGUGGAAACUCAUUAAGUUACGUCAUCUUGAACUUGAUGAAACUAUCAAAUUACAGGAGAUGCCGAUACAAAUGGAUAGACUUAAAUGUCUCCAGACGUUAUCCAAAUUCAUCGUCAGCGAACGUGACAAUGGGUCUAGCAAUAUUGGAGAAUUGGGAAAACUAAUAAAUCUUCGGGGAAAUCUUUUAAUUCAAAAGCUCCAAAAUGUUAGAUCAGCCAAUGAUGCUUUGAAUGCAAAUUUGAAGGAUAAGCGUUACCUCGAAGAGUUGGUGUUAAAAUGGAAUCCUCCAGAAGAAGUACUUGGUAUUUCAGAAAGUCAAAGAGGUGUGAUUGAAAAUCUGCAAUGUCAUGCAAAUUUGAAAAGUCUCACCAUCAACUGCUACAACGGUAGAGGUUUUCCUGAUUGGAUAGGACUGUUGCUUCCUUCAUUGUCUAAGUUGGAAUUACUUGAUUGCAAAUAUUGUAAUGCCUUGCCACCCCUUGGGCAGCUACCUUCUCUUAAUGAACUCUACAUUGUUGGGAUGGAUGGAGUUGUUACUGUGGAUCCAGAGUUUUAUAUAAAUAGUUGUUCUUUUCGGAAUCCAUUUGGAAGAUUGAAACUUCUAUGGUUGAAGAAUAUGCCGAAUUGGGAAGAUUGGUUUCAUUUGAAUGUCCAAAAUGAAGUCAAAACUUAUUCUCAACUCGAAGAGUUGUAUAUUGAGAAUUGCCCCAAGCUGAGGGGAAGGUUGCCUGUACAUCUUCCUUCGUUAAAAAUACUUAGGAUUUAUGAAUGUCGACAUCUAGAGGCUUCGCUCUCCAUAGAAUCUUUCCCAGUACUUAUCCGUAAGGGAAUAACCGAGUGUGAUAAUUUGGAAUCAUUUGCAUUUCCUGAACAACAUAAACAUGAUGGAAUAGUGAACUUUAAUAAUUGUCUUCAAGAACUACGAAUCUAUAGGUGUUCCUCGCUCAUGUCCUUUCUCAAGGAAGGUUUACUCUCUCCAUUGAAAGUACUUGAGAUCGAUGAUUGUGAUUCUCUUGUGUCCUUUCCAUUAGACCUAUUUCCAAAUUUGAAGAGUAUUCAAAUCAAGAGGUGUGAGAAUUUGAAAUCUCUAGAACAACACGAUGGAGUUGAUUUAGCGAUAUCAAAUAUAGAAAUUCAUGGAUGUCCUAAUUUUGUAUCUUUUCCAAAAGGAGGAUUGCUUGCCCAUAACCUUGUAAGCUUUAUUGUCAAAAACUGUGAGAGCUUGAGGUCAAUGCCGGAUGAGAUGCACCGAUUCCUUCCGUCUCUUUGUUAUUUGGAAUUAGUAAAUUGUUCAGAAGUUGAGUCGUUUCCAAAAGGAGGACUGCCUUCUAAUCUGAAGCAAAUUGUGAUCAAGAGAUGUAAGAAACUCAUUGCAAACAUGAAUGGAUGGGAUUUGAAAAUACUCUCCUCUCUUAAAUGGUUGGAAAUAAUUUGGGACGUCAAAUUAGAAGAUCAUGUGGAGUUCUUUCCUGGGGGGUUGUCUCUGCCCACCACUCUGACCAAUCUUAAGAUCUCUUCAUUUGGAAAUUUGAAAUCUUUGGACGAGGGGUUUCAAAAGCUCACCUCCCUUGUACAAUUGGAGAUCGGUGAAUGUCCAAAGCUCAAGUACAUGCCAAAUGGGGGCUUCCCUACCUCCCUUAGUUUUGUACAGGCAUGGAAGUGUCCUUUGUUGAAUGAAGAGUUGAAAAGGAAAGAAGGAAGAGAAUGGCAAAAGGUGGAUCGCGUCUCCAACAUACUUAUUGAUCUUGAACACAUAAAAGGAGAUGAACUUCCAGCUUGCAAAAGUCCGUAUGAUCAAUUUGGUUCAAUGGACACGGAGUCCUCCCAUAUGGUACCGGACCAAUAUGAUCCUGUGCCGCCGGACAAUAGUAUUGUCAAGCUCGCGGAUGAUAUCCUUUCUUUGAUAGGUACUACGAAUAUAUGCUGAUAUAAUAUGAACCACCUUACGGACCAAUAUGGAUCGUGAGGCGGACAAUUGUAUUGUAAUGUGAAGGUUCUUGGAAUGUUGAAAACAACUUGAGUAACUGGCUGAAUUCCUGAGGAACUCGAGUAUAUAGACUCAGAGUACAUCAUGGAAGUUUGAACGUUUGGAAGUUUGUAAUAUUUACUUUAUUGUUGUUGGGAAUAUUUGUUGGACAUUUAGAAGUGUGUAAUUUAAUUUAUUUUGAUACAUUUGGAAGUUUGUAAUUUGUUGUUGUUGGCUUGUUGGGAACAAUUAAUUUGGUUUGCACUUAGAAAACAUUGGAUUUCAUUUUAUUUUUUA